UAAUUCCAAUUAAUCUCCUUCUUCUUUACCUAAAUAUAUUCUUUUAUCUCUCUCUCAGUGAUUAUGGAGAAAUUUUUGUUGAUUUCAUUGUUUUUCUAUGUCAUUCAAUUACAAGUUAUUUCUCAAGCUCAAUAUGUCAAUCCAAAUGAAAUUGAAAAUGUAAGAUUCUCAACGAUAGUGAAGCCUCCAGCCUCAAGUCAGACAUUGUUUCUCAGUGGCGCAGGUGUGAGAGGAUUGGAUAUAAAUGGCACAUUUGUAAAGUUCACUGCAAUUGGAGUUUAUAUGGAAAAUAAGGGUAUUCCAAUUCUUGCUGCUAAUUGGAAAGGAAAAAAUGCCGAAGAGUUGAAUAAUUCAGACCAAUUCUUUACAGAUAUGGUUACUGGUGACUUCGAGAAGUUUACAAAAGUAACGAUGAUAUUACCAUUAACGGGGCCACAGUACUCAGAGAAAGUUGCAGAAAAUUGUGUAAAUAUUUGGAAAUCUCGAGGAGUUUACAAUGCAGUACAAGCUAAAGCCAUUGAUGACUUUUUAAAUGUUUUUAAACCCCAAACCUUCCCUCCUUCUGCUUCUAUUCUAUUUUCACAGUUUCCUCGUGGAGCAGUAGCGAUUGCUUUCUCAAAAGAUGGAUCCAUACCAAGAGUUGCUAAUGCAGUGAUAGAAAAUAAACUACUUGCUGAGGCAAUUUUAGAGACAAUUAUAGGCAAGAAUGGUGUUUCUCCUGCAGCUAGACUCAGUAUUGCUCAAAGGUUGGAAAAAUUGUUUUAAAAAAAAUAAUAAAUUUUUGGAGGAAUACAUUGUAAAAUAUUAAUUUAAUUUUGUUUAUCUUUUCCAGAAUAUGUAAGAGAUUCUCAUUAUUUAUUAAUUGCAUACUUAAUUAAGCAUAAA